CUGGAUUUACGCAUGAUCUGAAGCCUGAACAUUAGCGUCAGCCGUGCGUUCCAUUGAUAAAUGGAAAUUGGAUUGGCGAGCCAAACUGGUGUUAAUCUACAGCAUUGUGCUCUGCUUCUACAACCUCUCCUGCCAUGACGCGAUCCCAUGUCUAUAAAUACAGCCCCCGGAUCCUGAAUCUCCCGUCGCAUCAUUCCAACCGGUCGAAACCUUCUUCUCCCCCCAAAUCCAACCAACCUCCCUCCCCCUCUGCUUCUAAGCAGAUUCCGUGGGCAGCCCGUCAUGGCAAUGGCGCCUCCGCCCGUGCCGAGCCUGCCGCUGGGCUACGUGUUCAGACCCAAGGCCCGGGAGCUCAUUCAGCACUACCUCGCCCCCAAGGCACUGGGCGGCUACGUCACCCCGGGCUUGGUGGCGGAGGGCGUGGACGUCUUCUCCGCGGCCCCGGAUGAGCUCCCCUUCAGCCGCAGCCACCGGCGGGAGAGCGGCGAGGUGUGGGGCUACUUCUUCGCGGCGCACCCCGCCGGGGAGAGGGCCCCGGCGCCGGGCGGGUGCUGGAUCCCGUACGGUCCCGAGAAGGCGUACCGCGGCGGGACCGGUGGGGAGGCGGUCGCCUUCAGGCGCAGGCUCGCGUACUACGUCGCGUGGCGGGGCGGCGACGGGGUAUGGGCGCGGACGCCGUGGCUGAUGGCGGAGUACCGGCUCAACAAGGGCGGCGCCGCCUUCCGCUGCGCGCGGCCCGGCCCCGAGGCGAACAUGGACUGCGUGGUCCGCAAGGUCUUCACGAAGCCGGCGGUCCCUCCGCCGUCUGCCCGCUCCAGCGAUCGGGCUCCAGCUCCAGGUACCGCAGCGCGGACGAGGAAGCCGGCUACCCCGGCGAGGAGCAGGCGAGGAAGCGCGCUCGAUGGGUCUAGUUGAGACUUGGGACGGCCGUGAGACGCGGCCACGGGUUUUGUGACUGAUUGAUUGGGUUCCAGAAUUGCAGAAACCAGUAGAAUCAUACGAAUUGAGCCACAAGUAAUAUGAAUCGAAAAGAGUAGUAUAAGUAGAAAUUAGGUUCCCAUUGUAAUUAGUUUUGCAGCCACGGUAUUUUUCUUUGAACUAGAUAAAUGCCGCAAUGGGGCAUACAUAAUCUAGUGAUUCAAUACCAAAUGUGUCCAACAUAACUGUAAAUAUCCUCAUGGACAU